UGUGGUUUCGUUUAGCCAUCCUUCUCAGAAGCUAGUGAAAUGAAAGCUAACACGUGGAUAUAGGUACCUAAACUUUCUUAUAUCCAGUAUAAUUUCGUGCCUUUUAUCAACUGUGCCUUGUCAACGACGACUGUAGACACUUAGCUAAGGCGAAGUUUUACUCGUCAGGAGACUGUUGAGUCUUUUAUUAUGGCGGACAACGAAGACGAUGAUCAGUACAGAAUCAAAGAGGGAGACUACGUUGUGCUAAAACGAGGAGAAAUCUACAAAUCAAUGCAAAUUCAACCCAGGAAGAAAGUGAUUUUUGAGAAGCAGUGGAUCUUUCUGGAUAAUGUAGUGGGACAGAUGUACAACACCACAUUUGAGAUCUUGUCUGGGGGAGCCCUGCAACCAAAGAAGGAAGACACAGAGAGCUCUACAGAUGUAAAAGUGGCAGGCACAGACAACAGGAACAUUGUUGAUGAUGGGAAAUCGCAGAAGCUGACCAGAGACGACAUUGAGACGCUGAAAGAGCAAGGUCUGAAGGGUCAGGAAAUCAUCCAGCAGCUGAUCGACAACAGCUCCACGUUUAGUAAUAAAACAGGAUAUGCCCAGGAUAAGUACAUCAAGAAAAAGAAGAAGAAGUAUGAAAACACCGUAACAAUUCUGAAACCAACAUGUCGUAUCUUGGCUCUGAUGUACCACGGCCGCGAACCGGGAAAGAUCUGCCACCUGCGGUAUGACACACUCGCACAAAUGUUGACGCUGUCAAACAUCCAUGCUGGCAGUAAAGUUCUGGUGUUUGAGACGUGUGCUGGCCUUGUACUGGGAGCUGUCAUGGAACGAAUGGGAGGCUACGGCUCGGUGAUUCAGAUGUACCCAGGAGGGGGGCCUGUACGGGCGGGUGUGGAGUGUUUUGGCUUCCCUGCUCAUUUUCACAAAACGCUGCAUGAGUUUCCCAUCUGCAAUGUCAACGCUUUGUUGGCAGGCUCUCUGGACACCACCAGCAAAGACCCCACUGCUGAUGAAAAGCAGUUUGAUGUUGCUGUAAAGGAGGAACCGCCUGAGGCAGAGGAGCAGCAGGAGGGCAGUCCAGAGCAGAGUAUGGAGACAAAAGCUGAAGAUGCUGAUGACGACCACGAGAAACUGGAGAGGGAAAAACGAAAAGAAGAGAAAGCUCAAGAGAAAAAAGUGAAGCUGGAGGAGAAGCGAAGGAAGCUGGCAGCUUCUGCCGCUCUGCUGGAAGGCAGGAACGCCGAUGGGCUGGUCAUAGCAAGUCGAUUCCACCCCUGUCCCGUCCUUUUGGGCCUGAUUAAGUUUCUGUCCCCCUCUCGGCCUUUUGUAGUUUAUUCACAGUACAAAGAGCCUCUUAUUGAAUGCUACACUAAACUUAAAGAACAAGGCGGCACAGUGAACCUCAGACUCACCGACACUUGGCUCAGGCAUUACCAGGUUUUGCCUAACAGGACUCAUCCUCUGCUGCUGAUGAGCGGGGGCGGGGGCUACCUCCUCUCAGGGACAACAGUCGCCACRGACCACUCCAAACCAACUGUCUCCCCACCAGACGAUGGACCGGCUCCGAAAAGACCAAAACUGAAAAACUCGGAGGGAUAAAAGGGUCAGACCUGUCAGGAGGUUUCUGCUCCUGGCCUUAUCUCUGUGGAACUGACUUAUGGAGUUAGGGCAGACUUAGUUUUGCAUCCAUCAGAGCACGUUUCUCUGUGUUUUUGUGCACUUGCAGAUUAGGGCUUGAUAUAAAAUAAGUUAACUAAGCUCUGUWUUUCUUAUAUCAGGGACUGAAGACRAUUUUUACUUUUAAGAAACUAACAUGUUUUAUUUUUUUAAUGGUUYAUCCGUCAGUGUCUGCAAGCAAUUAGAAUCCAUAUUUAAAGAUCAUGUGAUGUGUCACUUCUACUUUAGCAAAUAAUAAAAACUUUCAUUUGGUCCCA